AUGGCGUCCCCGACUUCCCGCGAUGCCGCCGUGGACUACAAGGGCCUGGGUCACAAGCAGGCCCAGCCAGAGGCCCGCACUUCCCGCAAGUGGUACAUGGUCGGAGCUGGCCUGGCGCUGCUUGGGGUGGCAGGGGUGGCAGCGAAGGCGGCCCACUCCAAUGGCGCAUUGUUUUCCUCGAGGUCCUUGAAUACAAUUCAAGAGGCUCAGACAUGGGAGGAGCUGCCCGGCAUUGACAAGGUCAUUCGCAAGGCCCAGAGCUUGAAGCAGGACAAGCCGAUGCGCAACUUGCAGGAUCUCUUCUAUGACUCCCAGCCAGAGGAGCUGCCCUGGAUCCGCACGGAAUGCGUCAUUGACACCGUUCAGGCUGCCGCCUACCUUGGUCAGGCUGUGGUGUUCCUCCAUAAGGCCAUUGAUUACGAUGGUCUUGAGUGCCCGAACAACUCGCCGGUUGGAUGCGCUGCCAGCGUUGCAGGCUUCAUCACGUCCAUCAGCUGGAUCGCCUCGUACCUGUCCUUUGCGGCGAACGCCUGUGGCCAGGCUGUCAACAACGGUGCGCUGUGUGCUGGCGACUUCACUGCGCUCAUGGCCAACUUCGGCGAGAUCGCCACCGUCGGCGCCGCUGCCAGGGCGGAUUGCAACUUCGGCAAGAACGCCCUCCAGAUCCUCACGCGCACGGAGACGAUCUCCCCUCCCUGGAAGGAGUUCGUCCCUGCGGGAGCCUCGCCGGCGGUCGACAAGGCCUUGAAGAUCAAGGGCCAUAAGGACCAGCAGCGCAACCGUGAUUACGACAUCGUGCAGUGCGCCGUGGAUGUGACUAACUCCGCUUCCUACAUCGUCCGAGUCAUCCUCCAGAUUCGUGCCGCGGGCAGCGCCUGUGCGGACCCGAAGUCCUGCGCUGUUGGCAUCAUGAACAUCAUCUCCUCCUUUGCUUGGAUCUCCCAGUUCACGGCCCUCGCCGUUUCGGACUGCCAGGUGGGCGCCGACCAGAAAGCCCUGUGCACAGCGGACAUUUCGGACAUGGUGGCAGCGCUCACCAACGGCCCUGCUGCCGGCAUCGCCUCCACCUCGGUGUUACUGUCGCUCGGCUCGCCGGUCCUGGAGACACACGACACUCCGCGUCGGAAGGACGGAUCUCCGAGGGCCGUCAGUGCACCGUCGACACGCGGCGCGUUCGAGCCGAACCGGAGCCAGGCCCUCUCUGACCGUCCGAAGGUGGACCUCGCCCUGAUCGAGCAGGGCAUCUACGAUCCCCAAGAGCAUGCGCACCUCAGAUCACAGUGCAACACCGCUGUGUUUGCUGGAGAGGCGGUGAGCUCCCUCCCAGCAAUCAAGGCGGCAGAGUGUAACCUGGAGAAUCCCCCCGCCGCUGUGAAGCCGCUGCCAAAAACUGGCAGCUUGUUCAAAGAUGGCGCUGCCGCACAGGAAUCGCGGCGUGGUGUCCCCUUGCGGAACCUGCAGUCAUUUAGAAACGUUCACCAGGGCUUUCCUUUGGUUCCUUUGGUCCUAGCUGCCAGACUUCGAUCUGUCGGACCGGAUCGCAAAGGACAGGAUGACUUCAACCAUGUGGCAGGCGGCCAAUUCGGCUCCGGACUUCUGGGUGCCGGGCAAGCUGGCAUGGGACCUGGCGGCUCAGACAAAUGCAGUGAUCGCAAGGGCUCCGCCUUCCGGAUGAGCACUGCCGGCUCCAGCGUGUUACUGUCGCUCGGCUCGCCGGUCCUGGAGACGCACGACACUCCGCGUCGGAAGGACGGAUCUCCGAGGGCCGUCAGUGCACCGUCGACACGCGGCGCGUUCGAGCCGAACCGGAGCCAGGCCCUCUCUGACCGUCCGAAGGUGGACCUCGCCCUGAUCGAGCAGGCGGUGAGCUCCCUCCCAGCAAUCAAGGAGGGUCGCUCCAAUGCCACCCCAGGCUGA